AUGGAGCAGCUCAGGCAGCAGCUCGGGGAGAUCGAAGCCAUUGGAAGCGUCAUGGCGCUGCUACAAUGGGAUCAACAGGUAACACUCCCGGCAGGAGCGCAUCAGGCUCGCAAGCGCCAGGUCGAAGCGCUGGCCUCGCUCCUCUACAAGAUGCAAAACUCCGAGGAGCUUGGCAGCUGCCUGGAGCGCGCGCGGGAGAUCGAUCCCUCCACUCUUUCCGCCAUGGAACGUGCCACGAUCCGCGAGGCGUACCGGGAAUACAGCCGAGUGAUCAAGACGCGGGAGAGCUUGUACAGGAGGAUCUCGGGCCUGGAAGUCACGGCGCAGGCUACUUGGGAGCAAGCACGCCGCGAGAACCGGUUCGAUCUCAUGGCCCCGGUUAUCAGCGAGUGGAUCUCGAUCCGCAAGGAGGAGGCGGCGGUGGUGUCGCCGGGUAUGGAUCCAUAUGACUACGUGCUGGACGAACACGAACGUGGGUCCUCGGUGCAAAAGAUGGAUCGCAUGUUUGAGCGGAUCAAGCAGCCCCUCAUCGGGCUCCUGGCCAAGAUCAAACAGCCCGAUUAUGACACGCCAGGCGUGGCAUUUCCAAUGGAGCCGCAGAGAGAGCUUGCGAGGAAGAUCAUCCAGGACAUGGGCUUCAAUGGUCGGCUGGAUGAUUCCGUCCAUCCAAUGACAGUUCCAGUCUCGCCACCCUCGGACGUCCGGAUCACGUCCAAGUUCAUCGAGAACAAUCCCAGGUUUGGCAUCUUGGCGGCGAUCCACGAGACCGGACAUGCGCUAUACGAGCAAGGGCGAGUCGAGGAGCCGGGCUUGAUCGCGUUGCGACCGCUUAGCACGGGAAUGCACGAGAGCCAGUCGCUCUUCUGGGAGCGCAUGGUGGGCUUGAGCCGCGAGUUCUGGGAUCACUACUGGCCGGGGUCUGGCCUUGCGAAGCACGGCGUGAUAACGGGCGAUGGCUUCUACCGCUACUUGACCAGGGUGAAGCCCUCGCUUGUGAGAGUGGAGGCCGACGAGAUCACGUACCCCUUGCACAUUCUCAUCCGCUACGAGAUCGAGAAGGGAUUGUUUGAUGGGAGCUUGAGCGUCACUGAGAUUCCCAGCGUUUGGAACGCCAAGAUGGAGGAGUACCUCGGUGUGACUGUUUCAAACGAUGCUCAAGGUUGCUUACAGGACAUCCACUGGAGCUUGGGGAUCUUUGGAUACUUCCCAACCUAUGUUCUUGGAGCGAUCUAUGCCUGUCAGCUGUUCGAUGCGGCGGAUAGAGAUCUCGGUGGCCUUGUCCGCCAAAACAUUGCGCAGGGAAAGUUUGCGCCACUGCGCGAGUGGCUGCGUGACAAAGUUCACAGCAUUGGGCGCUUGUAUGAGACUGCCGAGGAGCUCCUCCAAGUCGUGACUGGUAAAGGCAUGGAUCCCGAUGGAUUUAUGCCCGAGAGGAAUCUUGUGUCAUGGACUGCUAUGGUUGCAGCAAAUGCCAGAAAUGGAGAUUUGCUUUUGCUGGGAAGAAUGCCAUUCUGGUCCUCUAUUAGGCAAUAUGUGACGCGGCUGGAGAGAAAAUUCUUCCGUGAUACGCCAGUGAGGGCUUUGGUUUCGUGGAACUCGCUGCUAUCGCCGUGUUCUCAGGAUGACGAUCUGGAAUCCGCGAAGAGAGUAUUCGAUGUAAUGCAGGCGAGAAACUCGGUUUCUUGGAAUUCACUGCUUAUACUCGCAGAUGAAGCAAAGAACCUCAUCGAUGAACGGGAUUGUGUGUCCUGGAAUCUAAUGCUCUCAGUGUUUUCCCUGGCUGGAAUUGUGUCGAUCCAGCUACUCUUGGAUCGCAUGGAAGAAAAGAAUCUCGCCUCGCUAGCCACGAUGAUCCAUGGGAAUGUGAUCCAAGCCGAGAAUCUCUAUGCUCGAAUUCCAGAGUAUCUGCAAAUGGUGAAUACUAUGCGGGAUAAAGGUGUUGAGCUCUAUUGGCCUCUUGGACAGAAGCACAAGAAGAUCUUUGCAGCAUAUCAGGCUAAAGGGCAUUGUUUGUAUUCAGUAGUUGGGAGUGAUGUGGCGCUGGCUGGACCAAUCGCCGUGCAGGGACUUGUGAGCUGGACGUCUUUGCUGGAGCACCUCCAUGACGCGGAAUGCCAUGCUGUCUGGCAUGCCACAUCAGAGCCAGGUGGCGUGGCGCUGCUUGAGCUUGAGUAG